UUCAUUAGCUCCUUCCCAAACACCAUUUGGCAUUCCCCUAAUUUCCUACUCCCCUCGAGACUCCCGACGCACACGGAGAAGAAAUGGCGAUGAUGAGAGCGAAAUCUCUCCACCUCCCUCUCCGCUCCUCUCUCACCGCCGCCUCCUCCGCCCUAUUCUUCGGCCGAGCAGAGCCCGUCUUCCUGUUCUCCCCUCCCCUCCCUCUCAUCCGCCACUAUCGCGGCGGCGGCCGCUCCCGCGACGACUUCCCCUUCUCCAGGUACGAGCAGCCGCGGCUGCCCAUCAAUUGGGGCAUCCGCAUCGUGUCGGAGAAGAAGGCUUACAUCGUCGAGAGAUUCGGAAAGUAUCUGCGGACCCUUGGUUCUGGAAUCCACCUUCUUGUUCCCCUGGUUGACCGGAUCGCUUACGUCCACUCCCUCAAGGAGGAGGCCAUCCCCAUUCCCGACCAAUCUGCCAUCACCAAGGACAAUGUCAGCAUCCUGAUCGACGGGGUCCUUUAUGUUAAGAUUGUUGAUCCAAUCCUUGCGUCCUAUGGCGUGGAGAACCCAAUAUUUGCAGUGAUCCAACUGGCACAGACGACAAUGAGGAGUGAGCUGGGUAAGAUCACUCUUGAUAAGACUUUUGAGGAGAGGGACACGCUCAACGAAAACAUUGUGAGAGCAAUCAACGAGGCUGCUUCUGACUGGGGCCUUAAAUGUCUGCGUUAUGAAAUACGGGAUAUAUCUCCUCCACCAGGAGUCAAGGCAGCUAUGGAGAUGCAAGCUGAAGCAGAAAGAAGAAAACGUGCUCAAGUUCUUGAGUCUGAAGGAGAAAGACAAGCUAACAUCAACAUUGCAGAUGGAAAAAAGAAUUCUGUGAUCUUGGCAUCAGAAGCUGCAAUGAUGGACCAGGUUAAUAGAGCUAAAGGAGAAGCUGAAGCAAUCCUUGCUAGAUCACAGGCUACUGCUGAUGGCUUAAAGAUAUUGUCAGAGGCCAUGAAAGCUGAGGGAGGUGCUGAAGCAGCAAGUUUAAGAAUUGCUGAGCAAUAUAUUACAGCAUUUGGUUGCAUAGCAAAGGAGGGAACUACACUUCUACUUCCUAGUUCUGUUGGAAAUCCUUCUUCUAUGAUAGCUCAGGCUCUAGCAAUUUACAAAAAGCUUAAUGUUGGCAAUAUAAGUUCCCUUUCACUGGAUAAUCCGCAGACAGAAACCUCAGAUGAGAGCAAAACUGAUGGUGACACUAGAAUCAAUGAGGUUAGAAUCAAUGCUCUUUCUGAUCCAAGCGAAAGAGCAUUCUCUCUCCAAAGUCCACCAAAGGGAUUCAGCUAAUCCCUAUCAAAGGAAAUCAGUUUUGCAAACAACAGAGGCCUGUGACUCUCAUUCUGUUUAUCCUUGAGGAGAACGUGUAGAAAUUUUGACAUUGUUGAUGAGCAGGUCAAGACAUUUGAAAUGGUCUAGUCUACUCGACUAACAUAGUUGAUAAUCUGAUGUGGUAAACAGAUCCUUUUUCCCACAAUAUUGGAACUUCCGAAUCGGCUGGAUAAAAAAAAAGUAUUAUACUUUUAAAAAGAGUAAUAUGUCUUUUAUUUUGCAGAA